AUGGAGGUAGCGCCGGUCCCGGACUCGAUGCUACCGGAACUCCUGGCGCCGCGCUGUCUGGACCCGGCUCGGCCCCUGGGAUGCCCCGCCCAGCAAGAGCCCGCGACGCCUGGAUGCCGCAGGCCCAGCAGGAGAGUACCCAGGAAAGGGAGUGACCCACUGCCCCUUUUCCCUAGGUCCCUCUGGCCUGUGUGCCAGGGCUCAGUCGCUGCCCUGCGCUUCCUCCAAGAGACGGCAGAGGGGCUGGCCCAGCCCCCUGCCCAGGACACCCAAGCCCUGGGGCUCUGCCAGGGGUCAAUGGCUCUGAGGACUCAGGGCCCCCUGCCGCUGGACAGGGAUUCCAAGAACAUGCUGGCCCCGAUCAGCCUGGAGCCCAGGGGGACUCUCCCAGCCCCACCCCAGAGAAGGCUUCGGAAGCAGCUAAACCCCCGCCGGGGCGCCGAGAGAGUGGACCCCAGGUUUAAGGGGGUGACUCUGCAGUUUCAGAUCAAGCCAGACUCCAGCCUCCAGAUGGUCGCCACAUACAGCCUGGCCUGCAGUGGCCACUCUCCGGGACCCCCUGCGGGCCCUGCUGGGGGCCCUGAGGCCCACCCUGGAGGCAGCGAGGCCCACGUGGGAGGCAGUGAGGCCCUUGGGGCCCGGCGCUGUGCCUCCUGCAGGACCCAGAGGACCCCACUCUGGAGAGAUGCUGAAGAUGGGACCCCUCUCUGCAACGCCUGUGGGAUCAGAUACAAGAAAUAUGGCACCCGCUGCUCCGGCUGCUGGCUAGUGCCCAGAAAAAGUGUCCAGCCCAAGAGGCUCUGUGGCAGAUGCGGAGUGUCCCUGGACCCUCACCAGAGCCCAGCUCCGGAAAGUUUAGCUGUUCUUCUUCCUGCCGAGUCGGUUCUGCCUCAGUUUCACCGGGGGGAGGAUGGACAGAAGCUCUCCUAG